AUGGAACUUGCCUUUCCAAAGUUGGCAGGAUUAGCCAAACUCGGCCUUAGUUUUCUUUGGGCGGCUCGCCACCGUGUCUCUUCUGUCUUGUCCAACUCCUACCUGACGCUAAAAAGCGAGCCCAUCCGCCUGGCUGGCGGCUGUGAGUAUUUAACAUGCCAUUCGUAAAGAGUGGACUUGUUCAAUUGUUCAAUACGAUCUCCUAUUAUGGAUUGAUUUCGUCUUUUGCGGUGCAGGUUGCUGCCGGAGGUGACUCGGCUAGCACCUCUCCAGGUGGGUAUAAUUAUGGACAGCCCAUGCCGGUGACAUGCUUGAAUCGGACAAUUGACUCCGGAGAACAUAUCACUGACAGUCUCGGCAAACUCCAAUACAUUCCAUUCCCAACCUGCAAGGAGAGCUCCUUCCCCCUCGCCCUCCGCUACGGUGUCACAGAGACUGUCAAUUGCACUAUCAAUUCCGUCCCCGAUGAGCUCUACCACCUUCUUGAGUAUUACGUCCAUUCCGAUGUGCCCAUGAGCUGCCGUGUGCCCACGGCACCUCUCCUCCCGUCUGCGACCCUUCGCCGGGAUGACAGUGCACGUGAAGGAGACGCCGCCGGCACCCAGCUGUCUACGCUGAGCGAGGAAGGGCCCCCCUAUACUCCAAUUACGUUCGCGCUGCAGGGGACGUUACAGCGCAGCCAUCUCCACAUCUGGACGGACAUGAACGUGUUAUUACAUAACAUCGUGUCGACACCGAAGAAGAACAAGCGGAAGUCGAAGAAAGUGGCGCCCGGGUAUAUUGUGGCCGGUACUGCAUACUCAGUCCCUGAGUUUGAAGUGUCCUUUCUCAAUAGCGGGAAGAAAUCAUCCGAUGAAGAGAAGGAGGCAGCUGCUGUUGCCGAAGCUGCCCGUGAGCCCUGGACCGCCGGACAUGGCACAAAGGUUAUCCGUGGGCAGCCUCUCACCUUUACAUUCCACGUGAGCUGGGUUGAGGGUGGAGGCGGCAUCGGAUGGCCAUCUAGAGGGUCCGCUGCCAGCGAGUCUUCUGGAGGAGCGGGUUUCUUCUCGAAGCUGUUUUUCUUCGCCCUAGCUGCGUCGUUGGGGGCAGCCGUGGCCUUGUUUUGGGAGCGGGCUCGGCGACGGGGCUGGCGAAGUGACGGGAUCCUCGGUGUUCCGUCUCGAGGAAAGGGAUCAGUUGGAAUCUCAUAUGGUAAUGGUGGCAAGGCCAACGGGUAUGGAGGUUACUCCGCCAACAACGUCUCAAUGGCGAGCAACGGAGGAGGGUAUGGAUAUGGGUAUGGUGGAUUCACGGCUGGAAAGAAGGAUUAGACUGCUAGUUCUAGAGAGGUAUUUAGUGCAGACAGUAACUG